AUGUGCUGUAAGAUAUCGCAAAAAGCGAGGGGAGCAUCGUUCCGUCCUGCCCUGGAGCCUGGUGCUCGUUUCUCCACGAAAUUCCCAGGACUACCGGAGCGAAUGCGAUCGACGCAGAAUCCGUGCGCUCUCAAGCAGCUAACUGUAAGGCGAUCUGUACGAUACAAAACCGAGGUCGUGCACUUCGAACUUGAAAAACUCGAGAAGGAAACGGAAGAAGCUUCGUCCAACACUUCCGAUACGCGUUUUGUUUGUAUUUCAUCUCUGCUGCAAAAUUGGAUGGAAAAAAUGGUUGAGAUGAGCAGCGUUUGUCCGUCACCAUCCACGCCAACAUUUGAUUUGGCAACCUUUCUCUCUGGAGCGCUCCAAAUAAAAAAAGAUGCUCAUUUUAUCAGUAAAUUUGCUACUUUGCCAACAACACCUGCUGAAGUUCUUCUUAACCAAAUCCCUCUUUCACCGAACAACGAGGGUCGAAAAAGGCGACGUGGAGAGGCAGCUAAUCCAGCAAACACCCUGGAUGGUCUUGUGGCAAGACGUGCCGACGACACACAUGAGCCAUUCCAGAAGCGAUACCUCAGCGAACAAGAGGCCAUUGAAGGACCGGACGAUGAGGCUGAAGCGAAGAGGAUGGAAAAGGAUCCAGACGUGUCUACUCGCACAUGCUCCACCUGUGGAUACGUUGGGAAGUGGAUUUCCGAAAUGAUACGACAUAAACGGGUUCACACGAAUGAGCGGCCAUUCAAAUGUCGUUACUGCUCAAGAACAAGCAAAUGGAAGGCGGAUCUAAUUCGACAUGUAGCGAAAACUCAUGGGAUUCGCGUAGUGUCAAAGUACAGUCGCUCAAAGGCUUUCGAUCAAACGGUGACAAAUCUCACGAACCGAGAUGACGACGAUAAGCCGCGUGUGUACGCUUGCGAACCCGAUAAAGAGCCUAAGCGGCAAAAACAGCUACCUCCACUGCGAAUCGACGCAGCUAUUGAGGUAGCUCGACCUGAACCACUGCUACCAAGCAAAACUCCUCUUUCAUACAGAUGUUCACAAUGCUUCUUCGAACAGGGCGGCCUUUCUGUUUUGAUCCAUCAUUUGCGGGCCGUUCACAGCAAAUCUCCAUACGAAUGCCGCUGCAAAGCUGCGUUCGAAUCUAUUGGCGACGCGCUCCAGCAUGCGACAACCUCAGGAAAUUGCUCCUCAGAGGACAUGGUUCUAAAUGUUGUCCCAAUCUACAACACUGGAAAUCACGCCACGAGCACGUCACCGAGUGAAUCAAUGAGUCCCACAAGGUCCCGCAGCGAUUGCUCACCUGAUAGCGGCGUACAAGGUGAUAUUGAGGAGGUGGAGAUCGACAGUGCAUUGAGGGCACUCUCCAAAACAACCUCGGGAGAUUCGGAGAAUGAAAGUGGAAUCGGAACGACAAUAUCGCCACUACUUUUCCCGCCAACGUCCGCCACGAGCCCUAUUUUGCCGCCGCUCGAUGUCUCCGCUGCGCUGCUGGCGUUACAACUUCCGCUGAUUCCCGAUUAUUUCGUUACAAUGGCUUCUCUAAUGACUCCGCCAGCAAUCGCAACGGUUACGAAACCGAUGACCUACAAAUGCUGUCAAUGUGGUGCACGAUUGCACGAUGUCCUUGCAUUUGUCGCGCAUUCACGUCUUCAUACGUCUUCUGUUCUGCCACUGGUCGACACGCCUUCCAGCGAGGACAAUCGUAUUUCAGCAGCGCAACAGGAGCAGAAAGAAGAACUGGUUGAUGUGGAGAUGUGA